CCGGCCCCGGGCCCACGGCGGCCUCGGAGCGCGCACGGGGCGGCUCCGCCGCGGGCUCCGCGUGGGCCGGGGCCGCCGGCGCUGAGAGACCGGAGCGGACCGGACCGGAGCUGGGCUUUUGUCCCGGAGGUUCGGCUCGGCCGGGGCUGGCUGGCUCCGUCCCGCCGGGCUCGGUCCCGCCUCUCAUCCCAAGUUUUGGCAGCUGCGACGCGAUCGCCGCCUCCCCGGAAAGAUCAGCGAUCGCGGUCCUGCCGCUGCUGCGAAUCUCCCGGCCCGGUACCCUCGAUAUUCCCGGUACCCUCGAUAUUCCCGGUACCCCCGGUAUCCCCGGUACCCCCGAUGCCCGAGGACAGCGGGUGCCCCCGAGCAGGAUGACGCGGUACCUGGACCAGCAGGUGCCGUUCACUGUCCCGCAGCAUUCCCCGGGCCGGGCGCUGCCCGCUGCCGGAGCCGUGCUGGGAGCAGGGAGCAUCCCCGGGGAGCCGCCGCAGGACUCGGAAGGGCUCUUCCGAGACCUCAGGCAGCUGCAGGAGACCUGGCUCACUGAAGCUCAGGUUCCAGACAAUGAUGAGCAAUUUGUGCCUGACUUCCAUUCAGAAAACUUAGCUUUUCACAGCCCUCCUGCUAAGAUUAAAAAGGAGCCCCAAAGCCCCUCGGAGCCCAGGCUGUCCUGCAGCCAUGAGCAGCCCUUCCAGCACAAGAGUGAGCAGUGCCUUUAUGCCAGUGCCUAUGACCAGCCCAGACAGUCUCCCAGCCCAGCAGUCCUGAUUCAGCCACCACUGCAGCAGUUCCCCAGGCAGGACAGCAGCUUCCUGAGCCCUGCAGGGCCCCCCUGCCCCACAUCCAGCUGUGGAUUCCUCAGUGACAGCAGCCCUGUGUACCAGCCAGCUGUGGAGAUGUGCCACUCCUUCCCACCCUCCCAGGGCAUGGCCCAGGAAGACCCCACUGCCUUCCAGUGCCAGCUGCCCAAGCCCUGCCUCCAGUUCCCUCCCCAGGGCUUCAAGCAGGAGCAUCAGGACCCCCAGUACGAGCAGCCCAGCCAGGCAGGCAGCAGGCAGCAGCAGCCAGCUGUGCUGGUGAAGCAGGAGCAGCUGGAUUUCCUGUAUGACUCAGAUGUUCCUGACUGUCCUUCCAUGUACAUCAAUGCUGAGAGUUACCCAAUCCAUUCAAAUACAGAAGACACAUUAGGCUGCAGCUAUGACAAGCAGAUGAGGUCCUUUCCUGAUGAUGUCUGUGUUGUUCCAGAAAAAUUUGAAGCAGGAGACAUCAAGCAGGAAGGAGGAGGGUACAGGGAAGGACCCCCCUACCAGAGACGGGGAUCACUCCAGCUCUGGCAGUUCCUGGUGGCUCUCUUGGACAAUCCCACCAAUUCCCACUUCAUUGCCUGGACUGGCAGAGGGAUGGAGUUCAAGCUCAUCGAGCCAGAGGAGGUGGCCAGGCUGUGGGGGAUCCAGAAGAACCGUCCAGCCAUGAACUACGACAAGCUGAGCCGAUCCCUGCGCUACUAUUACGAGAAAGGCAUCAUGCAGAAGGUGGCUGGGGAGCGCUAUGUGUACAAGUUUGUGUGUGAGCCCCAGGCUCUGUUCUCCAUGGCCGUCCCCGAGCAGCGGCCGGCGCUGAGCGCGGAGCUGGAGCGGCAGCUCAGCGAGGAGGACACGCUGCCCCUGUCCCACCUGGAGGACCAUGGCUGCUGCCUGCCAGACCUGGGGAGCUUCCCUCCACAGCUCUACAGCAAGGGCUACACCUACUAGCACUGCUGGCAGCCCUGCUGUGUGCAGAAGAUGGCUGGGAUCAGCUUUUGUUCAGGCCAGCACUAAACUCUGCACUCCUGCUUUGGUCAGGACAAGGGUUCAGGCACACGAGUGGAUCAUCACCUCACAGCAGACAGGGCUCUUGUGUGCCUGUGCUAGAACUCUCACUGUGUCAGGAUGGGGCUGUGCAGACAUCUCAGCACAGCUGCAGCUUCAGCAGCAGAUCAGGUGAUUGGUGCCUCCAGAUGUAUCAAACAGCUGUCACACUCCCCCCAUUGCAGAGGGAGGGGAUGCUGUCCCACCAGGGCUUUUUUCAUGUAUGAGAAUGCUACAAUGCUGCUGCUGACUCCAUUCCUCCAGUACAUGUCCUGAACCUCUGUGUGACCUGCUUUCACUCUGAAAGGCCAGCUAAGCCUUCUUCCCAGGAUGGCUGCAGGAAAAGGUCACAGAUUUGUGCCUUCCUUGAGGAACACUCACUGUCUGGUACAUGCAUGCUCCUGCCUUAUCAGCUCCUUGCUCAUGCCAGGAGCUCCUGGGUUCAGGCACUCUGAGCCUUGGCCAGGCUUAGACAGCCCUGGAGUCCCUGGCCCAAAGGAAUUUAGGGGAACCACAGAGGAGCUCCAUGGCAGUGGUCUGGGGCACAGGUCAAAGCCAAGGCCUCAUUCAGGCACAGGGAUUGUGGGAAGCAGCAAGGCCUGAGACACAGCUCAGUGUCCUGGUGGGGCUUCUGUAAACUGAAAAACUUCAACAAACAUUCUCAGGAUAUUUAAAGAGCUGCCAGGCUCUUGAGUGUGCCCAUCCUGGGCUUGGCUAGAGAAUCCUCUGAGGCCAGAGAAGGACCUGGUGGAGGUGUGAUUAAAAAAUACUAUACAAAGUUAUCUAAACCAUACAUAGAUCUUCAUAUAAGAAUUCAGACUUAAACUCCACAAAUAUUUGCAUGUUUGAGGGGAAUUCAGAUGUGGAAGAGGCAGCUCUCUCUGCAGUCCAGUGCACCACAUGGAACUUAACUGAACUGGCAGGUUUUCCACAACAGUAAAUGUUUACAAUGGGUACCACAUCCUGAUUAACAGGUGUUUAAUUUUUUAAUUAGAGCUUCACCACACUCCCAGUUAGACAAGGAGCAGUACAGUGUACCCAUACAGAAAAAGUCUGUUUCCACUGCUUCAGAUUGACAUUUCAGCUGCUGAAUCCAGAGCAUUGCCAAUCCUGUCAGCAUGGUAGCCAGUAGAGAAAAUUCUGUGUAUUGACUGAAAGCCUGAUUCCCUCUGAUGACUCAACCCUGCAUGGCUCAUGCCAACCCUCCCAGCCUCAUCCCUGAGUGCAAGAGCCUUGAAAGGCAGCAUUCCCUGCCUGAGGAGAGGCCAGAACUCAGAGCAGUCUGCUCUGCUGCUGCCUUUGCAGGCCUGUGCAGAGACUUGCUGUUCUGACAGUUCCUGACCCUCCUGCCUGGCCAGCACAGCUCCUGUGGUGUCCCAGAAAUGAGGGUGAAGGGGAACCCUUCCAUUGGUAUAAGCUGCCUUUAACUAUUUAUGAGUGUAAAAAUACUAUCAUUAAUAAAUUGGUCUUUGGCCAGUGCAAUUUCA